AUGGGUGCUACUCACCUUUGGGAGAUUGUGCAGCCAGCUCGUCAAAUGCGAUCUCUUUCGCAGUUGACAGUCAGUGAGGGGUUCGAGAAGAAUCGGAAUGGCCGCCGUGCCAUUGCGAUGGGGGUUGACGCAAGCAUCUGGUUACACCAAACCCAAGCUGUCUUUCAUCAUGCGUGCCACUCCCAAGCAGGUGAAAACCCGGAGCUACGAAUUCUGUUCUACAAGCUCAAACGGUUUCUCAACCAACCUGUUAAUGUCGUCUUUGUCUUUGACAGCGAUGGACGGCCCUCGAUGAAGCGCGGAAAACAUGUUCGGACAAAAGAACAUUGGCUUACCAAACACUUCCAGGAAUUUGCCCAAGCAUAUGGCUUUACUGUCCACAUUGCCCCCGGCGAAGCAGAGGCUGAGUUGGCUCUGCUCAACAAGUUGGGCAUCAUCGACAUCGUCAUCACUGAUGAUAGUGAUGCCCUUGUCUUUGGUGCUACUUGUGUCAUGCGCAACCCGAACCUGAAGAAAGAUAAUGACAAUGUUGCCCUCUACACCUCAGAGGGCAUUCGUACUACAGCUGGGGUUCAUGUAACACAGGGUGGGAUGCUCUUGAUUGCCAUCCUGUGUGGUGGGGAUUAUGACAAGGUGGGGCUAGUAGGUUGUGGCAAAGUGGUAGCCCAUGGCCUUGCAAGAACUACACUGGGUGAUCAGCUUCUGGAGGCUGCAAGGGAUCUUUCUGAGGAACAACUAGAGACCUUCUUAGUCCCGUGGCACCAACAGCUUCAGGAGGAGCUACUUUUUAACAAGCAGGGCUUUUUAAAAUGCCGGUACCCUGCAAUCGCGAAUGCGGUUCGCUUGGACUUCCCUCAGCCAUCCGUCAUCCUCAAAUAUACACAGCCUGUCACGUCGUGGGCUGGUGGCCGACUGCUCCCUCCGUUUUCGACAUGGGUCCAUCAUGAGCCUGACGUUGCUGAGUUGGCGUCGCUUGCAGAGCGUUCAUUCUCUUGGCCCCCUGAUAAGAUCAUGGAGGAAUUUCGGAAGCAUGUCUGGCCUGGGCUUUGCCUUCGUCGCCUUUUAGAAGUAAAGAGCCCGCUUCUUGAACUCAUCGAUCAUGUUGUUCACGGCGUCAUCAUCGAUGGAACCCCAUGCCUGUCAUCUUUCCUCCGCAUUCACCGUGUCAGUGAAGGCAAUCUCACCUUGCCAAUUCCCUUCUUUGUUAUCGAGAUUUUAGAACAAAAUCUGAUUAACAAAGCUGUGUCGAAACUUCGGAAUCAGACUGAUUCCCAAUUCCUGUUGUGA